GGUAACUAUUCUGAUACAAAUUGAGUCAUCGGGCAGGGCUGGCGCUCUGGUCCGUUGCGGCGGACUUGGAUGACAAAAGUCCGCCGCUAUCCAGCUAGACGGGCUCGAGUUCGGGUCCAGGGGGUCCUCAUUGGUCAGUUUCAGCUAGAAGAUUCGAUUUUAGCACAUCGACCAUGUGAAACUCAAAGGAAUGCACCAGCGAUUUUCCUGUCAGGCAGCUUUAUAUCAACCUUGCCCUUUGGAUCUUUGAGGCCAGGUCUACCGUCUAUUUACGGUAUGGAGAAUUAAGGCAACAAAAUAUCUGCCUGAAUCAAUACAGCCCUAAGAACAAAGGGGUAUUUUACUUAUAUUUAUUCCUCUAUGUUUACUUCCCUGAAACCUACGUCAACUGAUGUGAUUGUUGAAUAAACGGAAUACGCGGAUUCCGGUAUGCGCGUUUAAUUAUUCAAUCCUUUCAUACCACCUUUUAUGCAGAGGCAUUGGGCAACUAGCACAAUCUUCAACAACCACUGAACAAUCCGACAAGACAAGGAAAAAACCAAAGCCCCUGGGCUACCUCCCAGAAGAGACAAGACAAGCAACGCACCUCAGCCAUAACCGGCUCUACAUUAUACCGGUAGACUCGGCAUCUUACGGUAUCGUCAGCUGCCCUGCUUAUCGUUUUUUGCACCGGGGAGUUUUAGAGUGUUGAUCGAUCAUAUCCAUUUCACAUCAUCAUUUUUGUUUCUCUUCCUCCUCUUUCAGUCCUGACAGAACCUUUGUUCCAUUUGCGUUUCUGUUCUGCUGCCCCUCCCCCUCACUCACCUGACCCCAGUGAAACGGACGGAAGCGGGCUUCUGAAGAACCCCAGCUACCCGCCUGCCUGAGCUGUACGUACUGUACAGUCUUAAGGUGGAGCUCACGCUGGCGUCAUAGGAUAUUUUACUCAACCUUCAACUCUCAACGACGAGACUCUAUAACUGUUAUGUGAGGUUUUGCUCAAUUCUGCGGUCAUGUCAAGCAAUAUUACUCACGGGCCGGGCUCUGUGUCGCACAAGAACCCUCGUGUCUUGGCCUGCGUCUUGUGUCAGCAUCGCAAGAUCAAAUGCGAUCGUAACACGCCCUGUUCAAACUGCAUCAAGGCAAAUGUUACCUGUACUCCAAGCACUCCCGCUCCAGCAAGGAAGCGCCGGAGACCCAAUCAGGACCUUCAGGAAAGACUUGCACGAUGUGAGCAGUUGCUAAAACAAUAUGCCGAUGGUUCUGUACCAUCUCCUUCUGCUGUUGGUCAUUCGCCUGCUACAAAUGGGACCGCACCAGAUACUUAUCCCGCGACACCUACCAACAUCGAUGGCCAGUCCAAGUGGAAACCAACGGGAAAGAUGGUCAAGGAAGAAGGUGGAGUGCGAUUCAUGGACAGUUAUCUCUGGGCUAAUAUCCACGAUGAGGUGAGUCUACUGACUUGACCUGCUAACAUGCACUAAUGCCAUUCAAGCUCCAAGCCAUGAGAGAAAUUGUCGACACCGAUGAUCCAGAAGAAGCCAGUGUUAUGGGCUCUGAAGAUUUGAGCCCAGAUUACAAUAUCGAUCUUCUGAUACCAGCCGAUACAGCUACCAGAUCCUGCGAGGAACUUCAGCCUGAGCCAGUUCACAUCUUUAGACUCUGGCAGUUGUUUGUCGAUCGCGUCAAUCCUCUGACCAAGAUCAUCCAUGUUCCAUCUGUGCAGCCAUUUGCCUUGGAGAUGGCUACCGAUAUCAACAAGAUCCCACUCAACUACCAGGCUCUCUUAUUCGCCAUCUUCACCAUGGCCACAGUAUCCCUCACCGAGGCUGAGUGUCUUCAGAUGCUGGGAACGUCUCGGGAUGAAGCUCUUCGGCGGUAUACCAUUGGAACCAAAGUGGCACUUACAAAGUUUAACUUUCUCAAAAAUUACGACAUGGUGGCUCUGCAGGCAUUGCUGCUAUACUUGUUAUCUCUCCAGAACCGAUAUGAUCGACAUGCGGCCUGGAUUCUUAGUGGAAUGGUCGUGCGUAUCGCGCAAAAGAUGGGCUACCACCGUGACGGCGACUACCUGGGACUGAACGCCUUUGAGACCGAAAUGCGACGACGUAUGUGGUGGCAGAUCAUCCUCCAAGAUGCCAAGAACGCUCUAGUUUCUGGCUUGAGCCACUCGCUUCUUCCAAGCAGCUGGGACACCAAGAUGCCACAAAACGUAAACGAUGCCGACCUUUUCCCAGGAUCAAUCGAACCCGUUCUACCCCGCGAGGGUCCAACAGAAAUGGCUUUCUGUCUAAUCGGCUACCAAAUCGCCAAAUUCCUCGUCAACGCCGAAUCACUCCACGGAACCCCCGGAUUAGAAGCUGCCGUCAUGGGACACGACUUUGAAGGCCAGGAUCCUGCAAUUCUACCGAGCAUCCAACAGUACCGAGAUUUGGUGGACAAUUUGGAACAGAAUUUGCUGGAGGUUGAGGCCCGUUACAUCGACCCAACAGCAGGAAACGUACACAUUGCCGCCCUCAGCAUUCGUCCGAUGAUCUGCAGCAAGAUGAGAGAGAUACUAGUCCCCAUGAAGGAGCAGCCAGAAUGGGGAACAGAAAUUCUCGACAAGAAGGAUAACCUCUUCAAGAUUGUGUUGAUGAACAAUGAGCACAGCACCGAUGCUUAUGGCGUGAUGGACCAAACUGGUUUCCUCUGGUUCCUCAAAUUUCAUUUCCAGAUUGAUAUCUUUACAGUCAUGACCAAGCAGCUCUGCCAGCGACCAACUGGUUCCCUCGCCGACCGCGCAUGGAACAUGGUUCAGAAGAUUUACCACUACCACACCGAACUCCUCGACAUUUCCCAAAAGACAUACUACAUCCAAGCCCAAACAGUACUGAAAGCUUGGAAGAACCGAGAACAAGCCUUCAGAGCAGCUGGCCAACCCCUCGAGACACCAAACUUUAUCUAUCGCCUACGAGACGUCGUCAAGAGCGAGAACCGAACUUCAGAACCUUCGCCACAACAACCUGUCGCCCAUCCUCCGCAAAACUCACAUCAAAUGACUGAUCUUGAUCCGUUCUUGGGUAAUUAUCUGGAUGUCUCGACGCUGAAUUGGGAUUUAUGGGGGACCAUGAACCAACCGCCACAGCAGCAGCAGAGUCAGAUGCCUGUUUCGUUAUUUGGCAAUUUCCCAAUGGGCAAUAUGGGUUAGGGUUAUGAGAUUGUACUUAUGAAAAGUUUGGGGUUGGUAUGAUAACGAGCUGGGAAUCUCCAUGGAGUAGGGUGCAUGCUGGAUUUAUAGAGCGGCGUUGGUAGGGAUGGAUAUUACCAGGGGAGCAAUUGUAUCAAUAUAUUUUGUCAACAGUCACAAGUUAUGAGCCACGACAUUUUGGAGUCUUUGUUAGAAGUGUCUGGCUAACCAUUGUCCUUGAUCCCCUCACAGCCAUUCCUUGAUCUUCCGCCUGCCCAUCAUUGCAGUCCCCAUGCCUCAGACAUCAUCAGUUCUGAGCAUGAGCAUGACGCUCACGAGGCAAUUCAAAAACCGGAUAAACAUGUCCCGCACCAUUGCUCCCACGCACAAGAGGAUGGUUUAAAGCACCAUCAGGCAUGGCAUCCAGUUCGAUGUCAGAGUUGGCAUCAGAAUCGUCAUGCUCACGGCCGCGGGUACCAGUAGGUGAUUUGGGACGAGAACGCCAGCUGCAGAAGAGAACUGCUGCGAGGAAGAUGACAACGACGGCGGUGCAGCUGAUGGCGAUGGCGAUGAUGACGCUUCUGUCGCUCAUGCGGCGGUGGAUGGUGUUGGUCAUUGUUGCGGUUGACUGAGAUGUUAGUCGUGAUGCGAGAUAGGGGGGUGACAUACCGAGAUGGGGGCUUGAGACUUGCGAGGAAGCAUGCCGCGGUUUAUUCUUUACUGCCAAUGGGAAUUACUUGAAGAUGUUCACCAAGGGAUGCAUGCGAGUGAAGUAUGGAGGAGAUGAGGUAUUGACAUACACUACUGUUGAGCAAACACUGCAACGGAUCGAUGUAUUAUGGGAAC